AUGUUCUUCCCGUUUCAGUCGAUGGAGAUCUGGCACUGCUUCUUCCGCGACCCUCCGCAGCCACAUUUCGCAAACUGGGUAUUCCUAUCGUAGCACAAUUUCUGCACUUUUCCUCCAGAACCUUUUCUAGGCGACCCAUCAUGGCACUUGAACAAGUAUCCAGUGCAAAAUGUUUUGGCGGAUUGCAGAAGGUUUUCAAGCACAAAAGUUCAGAACUGAAGUGUGAAAUGAAAUUUGCCGUGUAUGUCCCUCCUCAGGCGGAGAAAGAAAAAGUCCCAGUGUUAUAUUGGCUAUCAGGUCUAACAUGCACAGAGCAAAACUUCAUCACAAAGGCUGGUGCUCAACGCACUGCAUCAGAACUGGGUGUGCUGAUCGUGGCUCCUGACACAAGCCCACGAGCAUGUGGCAUUGAAGGUGAAGAUGAUAGCUAUGACUUUGGGACUGGUGCUGGCUUUUACAUUGAUGCAACUGAGGAAAAGUGGAAAACAAACUACAGAAUGUACUCAUAUAUCACAAAAGAGCUUCCAGCUUUGAUUGACAGUAACUUUCCAGUUCUGUCAGGCAAGCAGUCCAUUUUUGGCCACAGCAUGGGUGGCCAUGGGGCUUUAAUAUGCUUCCUCAAAAACCCUGGAUUUUACAAGUCUGUUUCUGCCUUUGCACCCAUCUGCAAUCCAGUGCAAGGUGCUUGGGGUCAAAAGGCCUUCACUGGAUAUUUGGGAGGCAACCAGGAAGCAUGGAAGGAGUAUGAUGCUACCGAACUAGUGAAAGGUUAUGAGGGUCCCCCACCAGACAUACUCAUUGAUCAGGGUGUAGCUGAUGAGUUUUACCCAUCUCAACUGCUUCCAGAGAACUUUGUUGAGGCUUGUAGGUCAAAGAAUGUACCAGUCACCUUGAGAUUGCAUGAGGGCUACAAUCACAGUUAUUACUUUAUUGCAACUUUUGUGGAGGAUCACAUCAGACAUCAUGCAAGAUAUCUCAAAGCCUAAAGAGAUUGUGAAGGGAAUGUCACACUCGUCCCGACAGAAGUGAAACUAUGAUAUAUUAGGCAUCCUAGUUAGAAUAAAGUGAAAUGAAAUUUUCAUACAACU